GGCCGCUCUAAAAUUGACUUACGGAGGAGGAUGGUGGCUUUUAUUUUAGCUUCUCCGCUGACUGCGGGGAGCGCCGUCGCCGAGACUGAUGUAUCCGUAAUCUGGAAGACUGCAGUUUUUCACCAUGAGGCUAAAUGUGGAUGGCCUCCUUGUUUACUUUCCAUAUGAUUACAUUUAUCCAGAACAGUUUUCAUACAUGCUUGAACUGAAAAAAGGAUUGGAUGCAAAGGGCCACCUGGUGCUGGAGAUGCCCUCUGGCACGGGGAAGACCAUCUCGCUGCUCUCUCUGAUCGUGUCCUACAUGCUGGAGAGGCCACUAGAAAUCACCAAGCUGGUGUACUGUUCGCGCACAGUACCUGAGAUCGAGAAGGUGCUGGAGGAGCUGGCAAAGCUGAACCGCUUCAUCGAAAAGCAGACCGGGCAGAAAACCAAACUGGUUGGACUGGCAGUCAGCUCGAGGAAAAACCUGUGCAUUCACCCGGAAGUCAGCCAGGAGCGCGAGGGGAAGGUGGUGGACUCGCGCUGCUAUGGCCUCACGGCUGGCUAUGUGCGCGCGCGCGCCGCUCGGGCUGACACGGCCGCUGGAGACGGUGACGGCGCCGAUCCGGUCCCCACCUGUCAGUUCUUCGAGCAGCUGGAGGAGAGUGGCCGCGACGCCACGCUGCAGGCCGGCAUCUACAGCCUGGACGAUCUCAAACACUACGGUCGCGAGCGCGGUUGGUGCCCAUACUUUGUGGCGCGUCGCGCCAUUCAGCAAGCCAACAUCAUCGUGUACAGCUACCACUACCUGCUGGACCCGAAGAUCGCCGAGGUGGUCUCCAAGGAGAUUGUCCAGUCCAGCGUAGUCGUGUUCGACGAGGCGCACAACAUCGAUAACGUGUGCAUCGACAGCAUGAGUGUACACAUCAACAAACGUAUGUUGGAGAGAUGCUCCAACAACAUCAGCGCCAUGGAGAAGCGGAUAGCCAAUCUGAAGGAGACGGACGCCGCCCGGCUACAGGACGAGUACCAGCGCAUGGUCGACGGCCUCAGGGACGCUCAGAUGAAGAGGGAAAACAACCAACUUCUGGCGAACCCCGUCCUGCCCGACCAGAUCCUGCAAGAGGCCGUUCCGGGAAACAUUCGCACGGCGGAGCAUUUCCUCAACUUUAUGAAGCGGCUCGUUGAGUAUCUGAAGAUGCGGCUGCGCGUGCAGCAUGUGGUGCAGGAGUCGCCUGCCGGCUUUCUCAAAGACAUCUUCAACAAAAUCUGUGUUGAUCGCAAACCACUCAGGUUCUGUGCAGAGCGUCUGACGUCCAUGAUCCGCACGCUGGAGCUCACUGACAUGGCCGACCUGUCUCCUCUCGUGCUCGUCUCCCACUUCGCCACGCUGGUCAGCACAUACACCAAGGGCUUUACCAUCAUCGUCGAGCCUUCCGACGACAAGACGCCCAACGUCUACAACCCGAUCCUGUACUUCAGGUGUCUGGACUCGUCGCUGGCCAUCAAGCCAGUGUUUGAGCGGUACCAGUCGGUGGUGAUCACGUCUGGCACGCUGUCGCCGCUGGACAUGUACCCUAAGAUCCUGGACUUUCAUCCGGUCAUCAUCACCAGCUUCACGAUGACCCUGGCGCGCCCGUGCAUCCUGCCCAUGAUUGUCACCAAGGGCAACGACCAAGUGACGAUCUCGUCCAAGUUCGAGUCUCGCGAGGAUCCGGCCGUGAUCCGAAACUAUGGCAACCUGUUGGUGGACAUGGUUACGGCCGUACCCGACGGCGUGGUGUGUUUCUUCACCUCCUACAUGUACAUGGAGAGCGUGGUCUCCAGCUGGUACGACCAGGGCAUCAUCACCCAGCUGCAGAAGCACAAGCUGCUCUUCAUCGAGACCCAGGACGCGGCCGAGACCAGUUUGGCGCUCCUGAACUACAUCCAGGCUUGUGAAAAUGGUCGGGGUGCCGUACUGCUCUCGGUGGCGCGCGGGAAGGUCAGCGAAGGAGUCGACUUCGACCAUCACCUGGGCCGGUGUGUGCUCAUGUUCGGCAUCCCAUACAUGUACACCCAGUCGCGCAUUCUCAAAGCGCGUCUCGAGUACCUGCGGGACACAUUUCAGAUCCGCGAGAACGACUUUCUGACGUUCGACGCCGUGCGGCACGCCUCGCAGUGCGUGGGCCGAGCCAUGCGAGGCAAAACCGACUACGGCAUCAUGGUGUUCGCUGACAAGCGGUUCCAGCGUUCUGACAAGCGAACCAAGCUGCCUCUCUGGAUUCAGGAGCACCUCAAGGACUCCAUGUGUAACCUGAGCACAGAGGAGGCCGUCCAGAUCAGCAAGCGGUGGUUGAGGCGGAUGGCGCAGCCGUUCAGUCGUCAGGACCAGCUGGGUAUCUCACUCCUGACACUGCAGCAGCUCCAGUCGGAGGAAAUGCAGAACAAGAUGCGCGAGCGGGUCACCCAUCGGAUAUAGGCGUCCGGUGACGGGUGUGCUCCCCUCGGCCGGCGCCAGUGGUCUGGCGUGGUCUCAUCAGUCACCUGACGGCUCAAACAGCCGCCUGACGUGACCGAGCCGUGUUGGGCCCAACGCGCUCCUAUCUGACUGCGGAUGCUCCUGGUAUCGCGUCAGUGUGUACCGGUGGCGCCCAUGAUCGCUGUAUGGGGCUCGACCGGUCUUAUACGGCCUAGAAAAUGUGAUUUUGUACAUGUUUUAUAUUCAUGCAGCCUGUUACGAACUUUGCAAUAAAGUUCAUUUCAUAA